AUGUCUCAACCCCUCAUCUUCAUCACCGGCGCAACCGGCUUCAUCGGCUCGCACGUCGUCACCCAAGCCCUCUCCGCGGGCUACAAAGUGCGCCUCAGCGUCCGCAAAGAAGCCCAAAUCGACAGCCUCCGCAAGCUAUUCUCAGAGCAUGCUGCGAGUCUCGACUUUGUUGUUGUCCCAGACUUCACCAGCCCAGAUGCCUUCAACAAACCCCUUGAAAAUGUGACAUACGUCUUCCACCUCGCCUCCCCCUUGCCCGGCAACGGAUCAGAUUUCGAAACAGACUAUCUCAACCCAGCGGUUCAGGGCACGAUAGCACUCCUCGGUGCCGCUAAGGAUGUCGACACGAUCAAGCGCAUCGUCAUCGUCUCCUCAGUCCUCGCUCUGGUCCCCCUCGACGCCCUCAUCACUAGAAAGCUCAUUGUCAAAGAAGGACUCAACCCCUCCAUCCCCGUCGACCCCCAAAUGUCCUUCCCUGAAGACCCCCGCGCAAGCGGCAGCCUCAAAUACCACGCCUCCAAGAUCCUCGCGCACCGCGCAACUCUCUCCUGGGUAUCCGCUGCCAAACCCUCCUUCACCAUUGUAACCCUGCACCCCUCAUUCGUCUUCGGCCGUGACUUGACGCAAACGAGCGCUGAAGCGCUCGGCGGCACAAACGCCAUGCUCUGGGGCUGCCUGACCUCGCCCGCACCAUUCAUCCCGCCGAUUGCAGUCGACGUGCGCGACGUGGCUUCCGCGCACCUCAAAGCGCUGGAGAUUAGCGUGGGCAAGUCGGAUGAGGUGGAAGAGUUUAUUCUUAGUGCCGGGGAGAGGGAGGGGUGGAUGUGGGGACGCGUUGCGGAGUUUGUGCGCGAGAGGUAUCCGAGUGUGGAUGUCAAGUUGGAGGGCCCGUUUGAGGAGCCGCCGAAGGUGAACACACAAAAGGCGGAGGAGGGGUUGGGGGUGAAGUGGAGGGGAAUGGAGGAUACGGUGGGGAGCUUUUUGGAGCAGCAGAUGGAGCUGAGGGGUCAGUUGUAG